AUGCCUAACAACCGCGAGCACGCCAUGUUGCAGGCAUUUCUGAGCGAUGUCACCUUACGAACCAUCGCGAAACAAGAGCACAUUCACCGGCAAUGCUGGACCUCAACUGUCACGGCUCGUUGUUGUCACAAAGCGAUCCCGAUGGCGACCACCGAGCCCAAGUCUCAAUGGCAGACAUCAGAUGAGAAACAGCGCAAAGAAGCCAAUGCCCUCGCAGCCGGCCUUCCACACGAUGGAGAGCCUCUUGAUCAACAUGUCGCUGCGGAUAGGCUCGCACGCAAGCUAUCUGCGAGACAGGUGCAGAUGAUUGCUAUAGGUGGGACGAUUGGCACAGGACUGUUCUUGGGGACUGGCAAAUCGCUUUCCACCGGCGGGCCCGCUUCAAUGGUCAUUUCGUAUGCCAUUGUAGGAGCGAUUGUCUUCAACACAAUGCUGGCGUUGGGCGAGAUGGCAGCAUUUAUGCCCAUUGCUGGAUCUUUCUGUACUUUUGCAGGGAGAUUCGUCGACGAUGCCUUCGGUUUCGCUUUGACGUGGAAUUAUUGGUUCAACGACGCCGUGUCGACAGCCUCAGAUCUCACAGCUCUGCAAUUGGUCUUCGAGUAUUGGAACACGAACUUCCCUGGCUGGGCACUGGGGCUGAUCUUCCUCUUCGUACUCGUAUGCGCGAACCUCAUUAGUGUCCGGGUCUACGGAGAGCUAGAGUAUUGGCUCAGCCUGCUGAAAGUCAUAACCAUCUGUAUCUUCAUCAUAUUGGGAGUAGUGGUCAACGCUGGAGGCAAUAAUUCAGGCCGAUAUAUCGGUGACAAGAAUUGGAAGAUUGGCGAUGCGCCAUUUGUCGGAGGCAUUGGUGGCUUUGCUUCGGUCUUUGUGACUGCCUCCUUUGCAUACGGCGGAACAGAAUCAAUCGCCAUCACCGCUGGUGAGACGAAGAACCCAACCAAGAAUCUCCCGCGGGUGGUCAAGAAUGUUUUCUGGCGGAUCCUACUCUUCUACAUCAUUUCCGUUAUUCUGAUCGGCUUCAACGUGCCUUACAAUCGUCCCGGUCUCUACGACGGGACCACUGCAACCUCGCCAUUCACAAUCAUCUUCCAAAUGGCCGGAGCCAAAGCCGCCGGCAGCUUCAUCAACGCCGUUAUCUUGACCAGCGUGUUGAGUGCAGGAAACCAUGCACUAUUCGCCGGCACAAGGCUGAUGUACACACUGGCUAUCGAAGGAUACGCACCUCGUUUUCUCGGCCGACUGAACCGCAACAAAGUGCCAUGGAUCGCCGUCCUCUCGACCAGCUCCAUCAGUCUCCUGUGCUUUGGCGGAAGCUUCAUCGGGGCCGGAGACCUCUGGAGCUGGCUGCAGUCCAUUGUCGGUGUCUCCAACCAGCUGUCUUGGAUCGCUAUCUGCAUCGCCUCGCUCAGGUUCCGGGCCGCUCUCAAGCUUCAGGGCAAGACGCAUCUUCUGCCGUUCAAAAACUGGACGUACCCGUAUGGACCGUGGUUUUCUUUGACCUUGAACAGCGUGCUGGUGCUGGUGCAAGGCUGGAGCUGCUUCAGUCCUUCUUUUGACGCGGUUAGCUUUGUGAGCUAUUAUUUGGAGAUUCCCGUCAUGAUUGUGAUGUAUGUAGCAUGGAAGUUGUGGAAGAGGUCCAAGAUUGUGUCGUUGGACAUGAUGGAUCUUGAGACGGACGUGCAUACUGCCGAGGACAACGAGGAGGAUUGGGAGGAUAAGAAGACUUGGAAGGGCAAAGCGCAUACCGCAAGCCAUCAAGCUUUUGCCAACUUCGUAGCAUUUCCCGACUUCAUCUAUACCCACGUUUUGAACACAAACACCAUCAUCAACAACCUCAAAAUGCAAUUGCUCACGGGAGACGAGAUAUCCAGUAUCCUCCGCGAACUGUCUGAACAAGAUGCUCGCCAACUACUCAACGCCCUCUCAACUGCAAUGGCCGCCUAUACAGCGCAGCAAAACUCCCAGUCCAACGACAAAUCCAUCCACCAGCCUCUCCGCACAGUAAUCCAGACCGCUAAAGGCGACACAACCCUCGUAAUGCCCGUCUCAGACUCUUCCACCACAACAGUCAAAGUCGUCACUCAACCCGCCAAAGGAUCCAUCCAAGGCGCCAUCACAGUCUAUUCUGCUGUUGGCGAGCUUCUGGGCGUGCUGAACGCGGCGGAGAUAACUGCUUUUCGCACUGCGCUUGCUACCAUGACUAUGCUUACGAGGUGGGCGGCGACCGUUGAGAGUGCUGGGAGGCGGGAGAUGGUGGUGUUUGGAGCGGGCAAGCAGGCUGAGUGGCAUGUGAGGCUUGUGCUUCUCCUUGUCGAGGGUGUCAAGAAAGUUACUGUGGUCAAUCGAACGAAGGAUAGGCUUGAGUUGCUCAAGGAGAAAACUCUGGAUCAGCUUGAGAAGGCUUACCCGAACGUUGAAUUUGCCAGCCUGGUGAUGGAUGCGGAGGACUAUGUAUCAGAGCUUGAAGCAUGCUUGUCCGCAGCGGACAUUGUCUCCUGCUGCACGCCGUCGCGAGAGCCACUGUUCAGUUCGAAACAGUUGGGUGCCGAUGGUAGCAAGCCAAAAUUCCUGUCACUGAUCGGGUCGUACAAGCCCGAAAUGCAAGAAGUCGAUACGGACACGAUUCGACUCGCUGGAAAAGUUUGGGUAGACUCACGAGAAGCGUGUCUCGACGAAGCAGGCGAACUGAUCAGAGCCAAGAUGGGCAAAGACAACCUGAUUGAAGCCGGCGAGCUGUUUGCUGAACGAGCAACAGUCGCAUUGGACCCAAAUGCAAGACUGACGGUCUUCAAGUGUGUUGGUUUCGCGCUGAUGGACCUCACCAUAGCGCAAAACCUGCUGGACGUCGCCUCGAGCAAGGGCUACGGAUCAACCAUUAACAACGUUUAG